ACUCGAUUUUCUCCUAGAACUUCGAAAACAACGAAGAUCCAUUCCCAAAUUCAGAUUCACCCAGAAGGUUUUUUUUUUUCUUGCUUUCUGUGAUCUAGAAAGUUGGUACCUUUAACAAUGUCUCAGAAACAUCGAGAAUCAUCACGAAGUUCAAUUGAAUCUUGCACUUCACAGCUCCUCUCAUGGCGACCAUUUCACCGCUCCAAAACCCUAGACUCAUCUGACCAACCACCGCAGUCCAAUGGGUUUCACUCCACUCCCAAACGCCCUUGCUUCUCCGAUCGAUCCACCUCUUUCUCCAUCGAAGCUAUGAGCCGUCUCUCACUCGCCGACGAGGACAAUGGAGGGAAGACAUUAUCUGCUUCGAAUUACAGCAAUAGAGGAAGUUUCCGGUUAGUAGCGAGGAAGCGACGGCGUCGUAAUUCGAGAUCGGUGUCUGGUCGGAGUAGUGAUCGGAGUGGGACGCGGAAAUGUUGCUCCAUUGGAGCUCAUGGGACUUGUUCGGAUUUGCCUUUCGCUGUUGGUACAGAUUCAAGUGGAGAGCUUUUUGGUGAAGCGAAUUGGGCUUCUGAUGUGAGUGAGGCGGCGAGGAAUUCACGGAGAGAGCGGCGAGAUUCUGGUGGUGAGAAGGAAGCUUCUGGAGGAUUUGGAUUCGCUAUCGGAGUUGAUCCAAUGGGGAAUGAAUCUGGGUAUGGUAGUGAACCUGGUUACAGAGGUGAUGCUGAGUUUGGUUAUGGUGAUGAAUUUGAUGAUGAAGAAGAAGAUGUCAAGCCAUUGUUUUGGGGAGGUAACAAAUUCGAGACUUUUAUAGCCAUUGUGUUCCAUCUUGAGAUUCUUGGUUAUUGCUAUGAAGAUUUGGAGAUUGAUUUUGAUGUUCUUAAGACUAAAGAUGGAGACUUUGGUGUUAUUUCUUCUGAUCAAUUAGUCUGGUUUUUCUUUGCUUAUACAGAUUCAACAAUGGGGAUGUCUGGUGAUACGAAAUUCUCAGAUACUAAACCUCAAUUCAGGUGCCGGCGAAGAAGACAGCAUAUUGACUACAAAACUGUUGACUCCAUGAGAUGAACAUAACAAAGACAUUACUAUUUAAUCAAAAGCCAAGUCAGACCUCUGGUUAAUGUGGAAGCUUUUCCGGUCUGGUCGAAAUGCGAUCAGCUCAUCCGCGCUGAUGAAGAUCCACAGACACAAGACAAGAAGUGUUGUUGGAGAAACUUUGUAUUUUGCUAACACUUGAAUAUAUUUAGAGUGCUCUC